CCUAAACCACAUAAAGAUACCCUGUCUAGUCUCUAUUGCAUCUAAUAAUUGAUCUUUGUUUUUUUUGGACUUUAUUGUCUCCGAGCGAAUAGUGGCUCUUUCCAAAAAGUCAUUUUGAAAAGUUUCUAACCUCUAGGCCACCACUCAUGGCUACUCUGUUCAUGAAGCUGGUGAGCUUCUUUCUAAUUCUAUCUACUUUUUGUCUCACUACUGUGAACUCGGAGCCACAGUGCCAUAAUUUCAAAUCGAUCAUUAGUUUCGGCGAUUCUAUUGCCGACACUGGAAACUUGCUCGCCCUCUCCGAUCCUACCAAUCUCCCUAAGGUCGCGUUUCUACCGUACGGAGAAACCUUCUUCCACCAUCCGACCGGCCGUUUCUCAAACGGCCGCCUCAUCAUCGAUUUCAUUGCUGAAUUUUUGGGUUUUCCGCUUGUGCCUCCUUUUUACGGAUCUCAAAAUGCAAAUUUUGAGAAAGGAGUUAAUUUUGCGGUUGGAGGAGCAACGGCACUGGAACGUUCCUUUCUUGAAGAGAGAGGCAUUCAUUUUCCUUACACCAACGUUAGUUUAGCCGUACAGCUUAGUAGCUUCAAGGAGAGUUUGCCUAACUUAUGUGUCUCUCCUUCAGACUGCAGAGAUAUGAUAGAAAAUUCUUUGAUUCUCAUGGGAGAAAUUGGAGGGAAUGACUAUAACUACGCAUUCUUUGUGGGCAAAAACAUUGAAGAGAUCAAAGAGCUGGUUCCGCUUGUUAUUGAAACUAUCUCUUCUGCAAUCACGGAGUUGAUUGGUAUGGGGGGGAAAACAUUUCUGGUGCCCGGAGAGUUCCCGCUCGGAUGCUCAGUAGCCUAUUUGAGUUUAUAUCAAACAUCAAACAUAGAAGAAUAUGAUCCUCUAACAGGAUGUUUGAAAUGGCUGAACAAGUUUUCAGAAUACCACGACGAGCAGCUUCAAGCAGAACUCAACAGACUUCAGAAGUUGUACCCUCAUGUCAACAUCAUAUACGCUGACUACUACAACACACUGUUGCGUCUUGCCCAAGAACCAGCCAAAUUCGGGUUCAUAAGCAGACCCUUGCCGGCUUGCUGCGCUUUAGGAGGACCGUUUAACUUCACAUUAGGUAGGAAACGUGGGACUCAAGUACCUGAAUGUUGUGACGAUCCUUCAAAGUAUGUGAGUUGGGAUGGUGUUCAUAUGACUGAAGCUGCAUAUAGAUUGAUGGCUGAGGGUAUACUUAAGGGACCUUAUGCGAUUCCUCCUUUCGAUUGGUCUUGCCUCAGCUCUGAAAUUAAGAACACACAGAAUUCUUUGAUGAACAACUGAUGUAUGUUGGUCAAAAAUUUGAGACAAGAAUACUGAUAAUAUCAUGUAUGUUCCUCAGUCCUGAACAUUUGGUCAUUUGGAUCAUGUGUUGUGUGUUACUGUGUUUGACAAUCUGUAUUGUUGUUAUGGUAAAUAACGGUUGUGUUGUAUCACACACUAUAACAGGUUUACGUUUACCUAAACAUAUUAAGUUAUAAUUAAUGGGCCACAGGCCCAUAUUAUAUAAUGUAGUUGGGUUUUGUUGACUUGAACGGCUCCAGUA